AUGGUACGCGAUGAAGAGUUCUUCCAAGGUAUGCUUGCCUGCUCCAAACUCGGAGCCCUAGCUCGUGUUCAUGCUGAAAAUGGAUCGGUAAUUGAAGAGAAAUGUAAAAUGCUGCUCAGCCAAGGAGUCACUGGCCCAGAAGGGCAUGUGAUUUUCGGUGAGCCGAUCGCUGCUGGUUUAGCUGUCGACGGGUCGCACUACUAUGAUAAGGACUGGGUCCAUGCCGCUCAGUACGUCAUGUCUCCACCGUUGAGCCGAGAUCCAUCAACUCCCGAAACGCUAAUGGAUAUGUUAGCCGCUGGUGAAUUGCAUCUGACCGGGACUGACAACUGCACUUUCAACUGUCACCAGAAAUCAGCUGGCCGUAAUGAUUUCACGAAAAUUCCCAACGGUGUAAACGGUGUUGAAGAUCGCAUGAGUGUCGUAUGGGAUCGAGGGGUUCACACAGGAAAAAUCGAUCCAAUGCGAUUUGUACAAAUCACAAGGUAA